UGAGGUUAUGUUGAACAAACACAGUAAACACACCGCUUCCUCAUGACACUGUUAGAAGUUUUGGAUGUUCUGAUAUUUCGACAAAUGAAUCUAUUCGUUUAUUUUUUCCUUUAAAUUCCAAAAUUGCGAAGAUAUUCAAUCCUCCAGGAUUGCAGUUAUUUUGCGCCGGAAAAUGGCUCAGUUUUCGCCGAUUGCCAAAUCUCCGGUGACGAAAGGAUCGCAACACAAAAAUUUGACAGGUAAUCCUAGAAUUGUGAGAGAUUUGGCAGCAACGAUACACUCGAGUGUUCAACAAUGGAACAACAUUCACCUACACGGGCUGUCAGUUUUGAAAAAUAUAACGCAAAUUAAAAACGACGAAACUUUUCCUGACGGCCUGCAAGACCUGUGCGAUGAUUUAUCGAGGGAUUGUGAUAAAUUGGACGAAGUUGUCUGCAAUUUGAAGCAAUCGGCCGUUCAAAUGAGCGCUGUGAAAUCGUUGCAGAAAGGGAAUGGCAUAAUAUUUCAAACUUGGCCUGUCGAACGCUUCGCACAAACUGCAGAAUUAAUUUACGAAGCGUACAGGAACGAGGUGGAAAUAAGACGUAAAAUUUUGGAAAAUGUUGCUCACGAUCAUCGCGAUUCCUGGAAAAUGUUGCACCUUGCAGCUUGGGUUCAUCAAAUAAGAAUACACGAUGAUGUAACGAUGGCUCUGGAAUCCAUGCUGUUAGAAACUGGCCAUAGAUAAUUGUUUCUUUAGAAUAAAAAUUGUACUGAAAAAUGAGUUGAACGAUUUUCUGAAAACAUCGGGUUUCAUUGAGAAUUUUUCCAUUAUUUUUAAAUUUUCUCGGAAAAAUUGAACAAAAAAAAAAUAUUUUCGGAUUAUUUUACAUUUUUUCUUGUCAGUGAAAGUCAUUCAUCAGUGGAUUUGGAGGCAUUGAUAUAAUCGCUUUAACACAGAGAAAAAAUUUUGAUGAAAAACGAUUUUUUCUUUACCAUCGUGUUCCUGUAAAAUGUAAAUAAAACUGUCAAUUUUUUUUCUGUGCGACAGGCUUCUCGCGACCUCUAUUGAAAGAAAACUGUGACAAAUAAAACGUUUUUAUAUUUUUUAUUAUAAA